CUGCGGCUUCCGUAGAGCAACGUGAACUCAAAAUGGCUGACCCUGCUGACAACGAUCUAAUUGAAAGUGACUUGCCCAAAGCUGUUGAGCUGCUGAAUAAUCUCACAGAACAGGUGGCCUCAGUCACGAGUCAUGUCCGAGAGCUGCUAACUAAAGUCAAAGAUGGGAUAUUUAAGACAUCACAGGGUUUGUCUUUCCUGGACCUUCGCUAUCACCUGCUGCUCUUCUACCUUCAGGACCUCACUAACCUGAUCAGCAUUAAGAGCGAAGGAGGCAGUAUAAAAGACAGUGAAGCCUUGAACAGAGUGGUCACAAUCAGAACAGUCUUGGAGAAGAUGCGGCCACUAGACCACAAACUUAAGUACCAGAUUGAUAAACUGGUGCGUACAGCUGUUACUGGCAGUUUAGCUGAAAAUGACCAGUUGCAGCUGCGUCCUAAUCCUGAGAAUCUCAUCAGCAAAUUGGAUGAAUCUGAGGAGUCUGAAGAUGAAGCUGAAAUGAAGGCAGCCUCAGAGAAGAGAGCAGCCCACUCUAGUGGCAGAAAAUAUGUACCGCCAAAGAUUGCCCCAGUGCAUUAUGAUGGGGACAUGACCGAGACCGACAGAAGGAAGGCUCAGCUGGAGUGUCAGCGGCGUGCAGCUCUGAGGAGCUCUGUGAUCCAGGAGCUGAGACAGCAGUACAGCGAUGCCCCUGAGGAGAUCAGGGACAGACGAGACUUCCAGAGUGAACGAGAAAGCCGCGAGGAGACGCACAGAAAAAAUUAUGAGGAGUCGAUGAUGGUGCGUCUCAACAUGCCAAAGCGUCAGAAGAAUACUAGGAAGAGAGGCAUGAUGGCCAUGUCCGGCCAGCUGAGCAGCAUCACACAUUUCGGUGACAUCACGGGGCUAACAGGUGGCGACGGCGGACAGGAUGGAGAACACACUCGUCCCAAGAAAAAGAAGAAACUGAUGAAGAAGCAAACCAAGAGAAGAGCUUUCAAGAAGCACAGAUAGACCUGAAACACAGUAUCCACUGAUGUAAGAUGUGACCAUCCAUCAUUGUUUUAGUUCAUACAACAUUGUUUUCAGGAUUAUAUCUUCACUGACUCAGUGGUUUUAAAAAUAAAUUUGUCACUUUAUUAUUUUUUUUUUUAUAGUGUUUGACUUUGUAUAAUAAACAUUACUGUCGACUCUUGUA